UGCUAGAGCCCGUGUGUUGCUCGCGCGUGGGUGUUGAAGCUAAGACGCGUGAGCGACGCGACCAACAAGGAUUCCGCUCAGCCAGAGAGGAAGGAGUUGCCACUAGAAAUGGAUGCCACUAAAGGUAAAGAUAAAGGUAAAGGAGAUCAAGGCAUGCAAAAUCCAGCAGGACAGAUGGACAAACCUGUCAAUUUCCACUUCUUGGAAAGCAUGCUCCCCAAAGUAGUGAAGAGACGAGUGCAUGCCUUGAAAAGGCUACAGGUGCAGUGUGCCAACAUAGAGGCUAAAUUCUACGAGGAGGUCCAUGAGCUAGAGAGGAAAUAUGCUGCCCUCUAUCAGCCACUUUUUGAGAAGAGACGAGAUAUAGUUACAGGAACAGUGGAACCAACAGACGAGGAGUGUGAGUGGCACAGUGACAGAGAGGAAGAGGAGGAGCUAGCUGAGGAGAUAAAAGAAAAAGCUGCUAUUGAGGAUUCAAAGAAAGAGGAAGCCACACCACAGGAAGACCCAAAAGGCAUCCCAGAGUUCUGGCUCACCAUAUUCAAGAGUGUGGACAUGCUCAGUGACAUGCUACAGGAACAUGAUGAGCCCAUCCUAAAGCAUCUGAAAGAUAUUCAAGUCAAGUUUUCUGAACCAGGACAGCCAAUGAGUUUCACGUUAGAGUUUCACUUUGAGCCGAAUGGCUACUUUAACAAUGCAGUCCUCACUAAAGUCUACAAGAUGAAGUCAGAGCCUGAUGCCUCAGACCCCUUCUCAUUUGAGGGUCCAGAGAUCAUUGACUGUGAAGGCUGUCAGAUAGACUGGCACAAGGGGAAGGAUGUGACAGUGAAAACUAUAAAGAAGAAGCAGAAGCAUAAAGGCCGUGGCACUGUCCGCACUGUUACCAAACAGGUCCCCAAUGACUCCUUCUUCAACUUCUUUAACCCCAUUAAAGUUUCUCCAGAUGGGGAGAUGGAUGAGGACUCUGAGUUCACCCUAGCCACAGACUUUGAGAUUGGUCAUUUCUUCCGUGAGAGAAUAGUUCCCAGAGCGGUGCUGUAUUUCACUGGAGAGGCCCUGGAGGAUGACGAGAGCUUUGAAGAGGAGGAGUUGGAAGAAGGAGAUGAAGAGGAGCAAGAUGAUGAGUGCGAUGAUGAGGAUGAUGAGGGAGACUUUGACCCUAAGGCAUAAUCAAUCAUUCUCACCCCAUGCAUUUCUAGAAAGAACAGCCCCAGCCUGCCGAAUGCAAACAGCAGUAACCAUGGCAAUUAAGAGAGAUGGAGAACUGCUGUCCGUCAAAUCAGUUCUUAACCAAUCAGCAAGUCCUCCUACUCUUGCAGGCUCCGCCCUUUUAUGAACUCUUCAUCUGAACGCAAUAGAACGCAAACCAAACUGCGUUUUUACUUUGUGCAUGACUUCUUUUUCUUUUGUCUUGCGCCCAUCUCACUCCAUUUUAUUUGGCUUCAUUCAAACUCUUAGCAGGAAGGGACUCUGAUUGAAAUACAAUGGCAUAACAUAGGGACAGUCUUCUUUGGUAAGGUGGAGAGGGUUAUGACUGCCAAGAAACUUAGAACAUCAUCAUAUGGAUAGAAAGAUAGGAAAGUAACGGAUCCCAACUUCAGUUUUCAUGGAAUAAAUCAGUUACUCAGGGUUUUUUAAUGCCAACAAGCAACAUGUAAGUUUACCAGGAAACUGCUGAACAAGUUUGACUUAAUCUUUCACUGGGGUUGCUGCAGUGUUUUUUUCUUUUGUUAUGGUGUUUUUUAAGAGACAUACAAUGUAUCAUUUUGAAUUUAAUUCACUGUUUUAAAUGUUCAUUGUCAUGUCAUUAGACUAUUUAUUCUGGUGUCAUGCAGCUGUAUGAAAUGGUGCGUUUUUGGAACUCUUGAGGCCCAGCCGCGAAAAUCGGCUCCUUCUCAUUGGCUCAAAUCUUAUUUGGGCUUAGCAGGUCAGCAAAACGUGAAUACUGCCAAGUCAUGUUUUUUAGUUAUUGAAGUGAACUGCAAAUGUAGAGGAAAUGUGAUUUGUAUUAAAACUAAUUCUGCCCCUCUGUAUCGGGCUAAACAAGCAUUUAAACUGAGCACUUGAAUGAACACGAUGUAACUGAUGGUGUGACUGAUGUGGUUUACCACAAGUCUCACAUAUAGAUAGAUCUCUUUUCCUGUUGGCCUCAUCAGCCCUGAAAUGCUCUUCAAACACAUUUUAAAAACAAGAAAAACUUAAAAGAGGAUUUUUAAAGGAAUAUCAUCACAUUGGCUGAUUUCAGCUCGGUGGAUUUUCCCAGCCUCGUUCUCAGAUCCAGUCUGGUGAAAAAGUCCCUGUAAUGAUGCAGUGGCUGGCCUCCACCCUCUGUGGUUCUUCACUUCUGGUGUGGGUUAAGCUCUUGACAAAUGUCAUUAAAAGUCAUUGAUGGAACAGUUUAAUAUAAAUUUUGUUGCCAACAAGCCAAAAUGAACGGCUUAAACACCGUCCUCUUAUGAAAUUGUUUUCCAGUUCUCAUUAACACUGUAAUCUAAUUCAGCGUUUAAAGUUGUUAAAGAAUAUAUAAAUAUUUCUGUUAUUGUAUAAUGAUUCAGUAGAAUGUCUGUGGAAACAAAAAGAAGAGGUUGCCAAUGUAUUUUAUAUACUGCAGUUGAAUUUUGGUCGUGUGUUGACCGGUCAGCAACAGCAGUAAAUGGUGAAAAUCCAAACCUGUCCCUUCUCUCUUUAAAAGAACGAUUGUAAAUCUUGACGGAUCUCUGAGCCACGGUUGACAUCUUCAGAUCUACCAUAUUCGACCGUGUGCUAGCAAUGGCCUUAACUGGUUCUUAUUCACAAUUUGUUACUUGCGCAAUAUUUCUUUUCAAUUUGUACAGAGUUAGUUAAAAUAUUCUAUUAAAGUUGUGCGACAUGGAAAA